AUGGCGUCCGAGGAGCCUGAAAAGGCCAUCUCCGCCGAAAGCAAGGUGAAAUCCAUCAUGCACAGCUGGGGCACAUCAUCCAUGCCACCCACCGGACUGGCGACACUCAUCGUCGCCCUUCACGGCCGGCCCUUCCAGCCCUUGCCCAUGCUCUUCGCCCCCAUGCUCCUCUUCUCCAGCUACGUCAACUUGGCCGGGUUCCCCACGGAUAGCGCCGGAAUCACCGCCGCGUGGAGCGGUCUCUACGUCCUCCUCGCCCUGCGCAGGCGCCAGUCUCUGCGUAACAAGUUCUCGGUCAGGGGCGCCGUGCGCGGAAGCGCAAUCGGCUUGGGCCUCAUGAACUUUGCUUCCGGUGCGUGGGUCUACGCGCACGGGGACAGAAAAGCGGACGAGAAGGCGAGGUUGGAAAGGAACCGGUGGAAUUAA